GGGGCGUUGUUUUGCAUUGACAGAUUCAGUUCAGUCCGCCAUGCUCACCCUCCUUCACCACAGUGGUCGCAGUUUACUCACACUCAGGACCGUCCAUAGCGUGAACAGAGCUCUUUAUUCCACAGUCAUGGGUAAACGCGUGGCCGUCGUGCUGGCAGGCUGCGGCGUGUAUGAUGGCAGUGAGAUCCACGAGGCCUCCGCUGUUCUGGUUCAUCUGAGCAGAGGAGGUGCAAGUGUAAACAUGUUUGCUCCCAACGUGGAUCAGAUGCAUGUGGUAAAUCAUCUGAAAGGCGAACCAUCUCAGGAGAAGAGGAACGUGUUGGUGGAGAGUGCGAGGCUGGCCCGUGGAAACAUCCAGGACCUGUCAAAACUCACGGUCAAGGACCAUGAUGCUGUUAUUUUCCCAGGUGGUUUUGGGGCAGCGAAAAACCUGUGUACGUGGGCAGUGCAGGGGAAGGACUGCUCUGUUAACGAUGAGGUCAAGGCUGCACUGCAGGCGUUUCACAGUGAGGGCAAACCCAUCGGCCUCUGCUGCAUCUCACCUGUCCUGGCUGCCAAAGUGUUUGCUGGUUGUGAGGUCACCGUCGGCAUUGAGAACAACGACAAAUACCCCGACACAACUGGCACUGCAGCGGCCAUCAAUGAGCUGGGCUGCAAACACGUAAACAAGGGCGUCAGCGAGAGCCAUGUGGACGAGAAGAACAAGCUGGUCACCACCUGCGCCUUCAUGUGCAACGCCCCCAUCCACGAGAUAUUUGACGGAAUUGGAUCGAUGGUGCAGGGUGUUUUAAAACUAGCCUGAUUCAACUGAACCACUUAGGAUGACGCUCCUUUUGGUUCUCCAACAGGCUUUACGUUAGCCCCCUGCUGAACUCAUUCAAAGAAAAUCAACUAUCAUCUUGAUUAGAAGCACUUCCAGAAGGAUAUACAGUAUGUUUAUAGUUGCAAAUUGCACUGCAUUGGCUAGGUUGUUUUUGUAGGUGUGUCUGCUACUUGACAAAGAUCUGUUCAUCUUCAUUCUGCUUGGUUAUAUUCAGAUGCAGUGGAUACGUGUUAAAUCAAUCAAGUAUUAAACAAAAUGCAAAGGUU